AUGGAGGUGUGUCUCCGAGCCCCCCCUGACCCCACCUCCCUGACCCGCACAAAAGCCCCUCGCGGCUCUAAGGGCCCCCAGCAGCUGAGAGUAGGAGAAGCAGAUGAGGGGGAGAGGCCCAACGAAGCAGAAGAUGAAGAGGAACCAGGUUUAAGAGACACACACCCCUUCCGUCUGUGCAAGGCAGAGGAGCCUUGCACUGGGGGUGCUGAGGAGGUUGGGCAGCGCAGGGCGCGGUCCCCGCAGGCCCAGCUCGAGGGGCGGCUGAGGGAGCAGAGUCGCCGUGCUGGGCAGAGACCCACAGUGACCACUUUAGGCGCCUACGAGGUGUCUGAGGGCUGUGAGAGGAAGAAAGGCCAACGCUGGGGGUCCUUGGAGAGGCGGGGGAUGCAAGCUAUGGAGGUUCACCUGAGCCCCCUCCACUCCUCCUCAGGCGCCCAGCAGGCAGAGGUGUUCACCAAGCAGAUCCAGCAGCUCCAAGGUGAGCUGCGGUCUCUACGGGAGGAGAUUUCCCUGUUAGAACGUGAGAAAGAAAGUGAACUUAAGGAAAUAGAACAGGAGUUGCAUUUGGCCCGGACGGAGAUCCAUAAUCUGCGACAAGCAGCCGAGGAUUCUGCGACUGAACAUGAGAGUGACUUAGCAUCUCUGCAGGAGGACCUCUGCCGGCUGCAGAGCGAACUCGAUGACAUGGAGCGCAUUCGGGGAGAGUAUGAGCUGGAGAUCACCUCCCUCCGUGCAGAAAUGGAAAUGAAGACCUCUGACCCAUCCAGUAGUAACAGCCUCUCAGAUUUCUCUGAGAUGCAAGAAGAAUUGCAGCAACUGCGGGAACGCUACCGCCUCCUGAACGAGGAGUACCGGGCUCUGCAGGAGAGCAACAGCAGCCUCACAGGGCAGCUUGCAGACCUGGAGAGUGAGAGGACACGAAGAGCAACAGAAAUGUGGCUGGACUCCCAAACACUGAAGAGUAUGAUGUCAGCUGAGUCUCAGACUUCAGAAAUGGAUUUCCUAGAGCCUGAUCCGGAAACUCACUUGUUGCGACAGCAGCUGCUGGGAGCUGAGGAACAGAUGCAUGACAUGCAGAACAAGUGUAAGCAGUUGUGUUGUGAAUUGCAAGAGCUACAGCAUCAUCGCCAGGCCAGUGAGGAGGAGCAGAGGCGGCUGCAGAGGGAGCUCAAGUGCGCACAGAAUGAGGUGCUUCGGUUUCAGACUUCCCACCAUGCCACCCAGAACGAGGAGCUGAAGACCAGACUCUGUGCCCUGCAGCAAAAGUAUGACGCUAGCCAGGAUGAGCAGAAUGAGCUCUUGAAGUCGCAACUCCAACUUCAGGCCGAGCUCCGAAAGCUCAAAGUCAUGCAAGCCUCAGUUAUAGAAACCCAAAGCGAGAAGGAGUUACUGUGCCGGCUACAGAAGCUCCAGCUCCAGUACCAUAACGUCACCUGUGAGAAGGACAGGCUGCUGGACGUGCAGCAGCAGCUGCAGGAGAACCUGCGGUAUCACAACACAGAGGUCCAACGCCUCAGGGACAUCGCGAACUGCUUCCAAGAGAGCUGCGAGAAGAACACAGCGAUGCAGUGCCAGCUUCAAGAGAUGAAACAGCUGUACCAGACCAGCAAGGAUGAGCUGGAGCGGCAGAAGCACAUGUACGAUCAGCUGGAGCAGGACUUCCUGCUCUGCCAGCAGGAGCUGAAGGAGCUCAAGACCAUCCAGCCCAUCCCAGAGGACCAGGGAAAAUGUGCUGAUAAGUGUGAUGGGCUGCUGUCCAGACUGACAGAACUGCAGGAACAGUACGAGGCCAGCCAGAAGGAGAUGGGGCAGCUGCAGAUGGAACAGUGUGAGCUCCUGGAAGAUCAGAAGAGGAUGCAAGAGGAGCAGGGCCAGUUGCAAGACGAGCUGCACAGGCUCACCGUCCCGCUACCCAAAUCCGGCCUCCUCCCCAAGAGUCAGGAGCUACUUUCAAAGUUACAAGACCUGUGUGAACUACAGCUGCUCUACCAAGGCAUGCAGGAGGAGCAGGAAAAACUGGUACAGAAUCAAGAAGCUAUAUUAAAAGAACAAUUAGAGCUGCACGAAAAGCUGCGUGUUUUCAAAGACUCUCAUUUCCGGGAAGCGUUGGAGAAUCUGAAAGGUUCCAAAGCGCCUAUGUCCUCAAAAUGUCAAAACAAGGUGAUCAUCGCCCAGGUGCAGGCUCUGCAGGAGCUGUACGAGGCCAGCCAGACUGAGCAGGAGCUACUGCAGGAGGAGCAGAGGAAGCUCCUAGCGGAGCGGAAGACGCUGCAGGACGACUUGCAGCUGUGCCUGGAAGAAAUGCAGUUGCUCCAAGCCCAGUCCCCUUCUUUAAAAAUGAGCCUUGAGUCCUACAAGAAAAGUUAUGGCAGCACAGCCGCCAGCAGCGAGAACUGUCAAAGGAGUUACGAUGGCAGCACUGAUGACAGCGAGAGCUACCACAAGAGUUAUAGGAGCACCCAGGCCAGUGACGAGCACUUUCUCGAAAGCUGUGACAGCACCAGUACCAAUGAGACCUGUGCAAAGAGUUACCGCACCAGCACCAGCAGCGUCACCUAUAAGAAGAGUUACGGCAGCAGCAGCAGCUCUGACACCUCUUACAAGAGUUACGUCACCAGCAGCACUGAUGACGAACCCGCUGAGCCUGAAGAUAUAGAGCGCUUGGAGGACGUGGUCGCCCAGGUGCUGGUCAAGCUGCAGGGCGUGCAGGCCAUGUACCAGCUCAGCCAGGAGGAGCACGACCAUCUGCAAGAGCGGAUGGGGAAGCUGCUGGACAAGCAGACGGAACUGAAGAAAGAGCUGGAUGCCUGCGAAAAGGCAUUCAGGGAGUGCAUGGAGGACCUUGAGACUCCUGCUGGCUCCCAGAGCGACAAGGAGGAGAUCAGCGAACUGCAGAGUAGGCUACGGGAGCUGCAGCUGCAGUACCAGGCCAGCAUGGACAAGCAGGGGUGGCUCCUGGCCGUGCGGGAGCAGUUGGAGGGGCAGCUGCAGUGCUGCCAGGAAGAGCUUCGCCAGCUCAAAGAGGAGAGGUCCUCUGCUACCAAAGACAUCGAGGAAAAGAAUGGCAGUAAGAGCAUGAGCGAGAAAGCCAAUGGGGUUAAAAAUAAAAAGGCGACCACGCCAAGCCUGGAGAGUUUUGAGAGCAGCUGCAAGACCAAAGAGAGUCUGGAGGUGGUGCUGUACUACAAGGCCAGCCACGUGGAGUUAGAUGUUCUAACAUCCGAGGAAAAGGAAGAGGAGACGGAGGAGGAAAAGAGGGAGGAAGCGGAAGAGGAACCGAAGGAGGAGUCCCGGGAUGAGCUAGUUUCUGAGCCCUCAGAUCUUAUAGAAAUGAAGCCCACAGAAAAUGAGGCGGAAGAGGAGGAGGGGCUAGAAGAGUCCGAAGACCAGGAGGGUAAGGAAGAAGACAGCCGUGAUGAGGAGGCCAACGACGCAUCCCCUGAAGCUUCAGGCGACAACAGCCCCCUCACAGAAUCUGAGAGCAAAAAGAACAUGUUUGGGAUGUGGAAGCCUAUGGUGUUCUUGGCUCUUGCAGCUGUGGCUCUGUAUGUGUUACCCAACAUGCGACAGCAGGAGACAGAGUUCUGCCUCAUGGAGUGAUGGCAGACCUGGGCCAGCCGAGGGGGCAAAUCCCCAGUGGCUACCACCCUCAGCUUUGGCCAGGACACACUGUGCCAGAGCCCCCGCCCGCCCAUAUGUCCCAUGUGUCCCCAUCUUCUUAGCCUUAGUCACCCACGCUGGAAAGGCUUAUGGGGAGCUGCUGGCUCCCAUCUCCUGCCUUGUGUAAGAACCUGGGUUCCUUGUAAUUAAAUAUCAACCUAAUUACAUGAGA